AUGCCUUUGACAUUUUGUCCAAACUGUAGCAAUGCCCUUACCAUCUCCCGAGCAGAUCCCAGCCCUCGCUACCCACUAGGUGUCAACAGAUUCGAAUGCCGCACUUGUCCCUACCAAUAUAUACUCGACCGAACGUACUACGAGAGGACGGAGAUGAAGCGGAAAGAGGUUUCUGAUGUGUUGGGGGGGAAAGAUGAGUGGAAGAACGCUGAUAGCCAAGGGAAUUCGAAGCGCCGACGAACCAAUGACUACGUUCUUCAAGUGCACAACCUGCGGGGCUCGAUGGAGAGAAAACUAGGGCAAAGACAACUCAUCGAGUCACCUUAUGAACGAACUAACUACCCUAACUUUACUCCUGGUUUGGUCGUCGUUGUGGCUCAAGGUAGCCUAAUUUACGGAGAGGCUGAUACAACUAGCAUCUAA